GCGGCUUUCGCCUUUAGCUCCAGUCUGAGCUCGGUUAGGGCCUCCACCGCCUUGCUUUCACCCCUCAGGGAGGCGUCGGUGAUUCUGUCACAGCCUCAGCCUCCGUCGCUCUGUGACCUGCGGGUAUUGGAUGAUUCGUAGCUGAGACUCCGCUACACCCCUGAAGUGGGGAAAUGGAACUCUUAACAUUCAGGGAUGUGGCCGUAGAAUUCUCUCCAGAAGAGUGGAAAUGCCUGGACCCUGCCCAGCAGAAUUUGUAUAGAGAUGUGAUGUUGGAGAACUACAGGAACCUGGUCUCCCUGGCUAUGUGUUCUCAUUUCACCCAAGACUUUUUGCUAGUGCAGGGGAUAGAAGAUUCAUUCCACAAACUUAUAUUAAGAAGAUAUGAGAAAUGUGGACAUGAGAAUUUACAAUUAAGAAAAAGCUGUAAAAGGAAGGUGCAGAAAGGAGGUUAUAAUGAAUUUAAUCAAUGCUUGUCAACUACCCAGAGCAAAAUAUUUCAGUGUAAUGCACGUGUCAAAGUAUUUAGUAAAUUUUCAAAUUCAGACCAACAUAGGAUAAGACAUACUGGAGAGAAACACUUUAAAGAAUGUGGCAAGUCAUUUCAGAAGUUCUCAGACCUAACUCAACAUAAAGGAAUUCAUGCUGGAGAGAAACCCUACACAUGUGAAGAAUGUGGCAAAGACUUUAAAUGGUAUUUAAUCUUUAAUGAAUAUAAGAUAAUUCAUACUGGAGAGAAACCCUUCACAUGUGAAGAAUGUGGCAACAUCUUUACCACAUCCUCAAACUUCGCUAAACAUAAAGUUCAUACUAGAGAGAAAUCUUUCAAAUGUGAAGAAUGUGGCAAAGCCUUUAAUAGGUCCUCAACCGUUACUAAGCAUAAGAGAAUUCAUGCUGAAGAGAAACCCAUCACAUGUGAAGAAUGUGGCAAAAUCAUUACCUCAUCCUCAAAUGUUGCCAAACAUAAGAAAAUUCAUACUGGAGAGAAACUCUACAAAUGUCAGGAAUGUGGCAAAGUCUUUAAUAGGUCCACAACCCUUACUAAACAUAAGAGAAUUCAUACUGGAGAGAAACCCUACACAUGUGAAGAAUGUGGCAAAGCCUUUAGUAGGUCCUCAGUUCUGAAUGAACAUAGGAGAAUUCAUACUGGAGAGAAGCCCUACAAAUGUGAACAAUGUGGCAAAGCCUUUAGACAAUCCGCAACCCUUAAUAAACAUAAGAGUAUUCAUACUGGAGAGAAACCCUACACAUGUGAAGAAUGUGGAAAAGCCUUUAGUCGGUUCACAACCCUUAAUGAACAUAAGAGAAUUCAUACUGGAGAGAAGCCCCACAAAUGUGAAGAGUGUGGCAAAGCCUUUGGAUGGUCCACAGACCUGAAUAAACAUAAGAUCAUUCAUACUGGAGAAAAACCUUACAAAUGUGAAGAGUGUGGCAAAGCCUUUGGAUGGUCUGCAUACCUGAGUAAACAUAAGAAAAUUCAUACUGGAGAGAAACCUUAUAAAUGUGAAGAGUGUGGCAAAGCCUUUUUAUGUUCCAGAGCCUUGAAUAAACAUAAGACAAUUCAUACUGGAGAGAAACCUUACAAAUGUGAAGUGUGUGGCAAAGCCUUUGGAUGGUCCACAUACCUGAGUAAACAUAAGAAAAUUCAUACUGGAGAGAAACCUUAUAAAUGUGAAGAGUGUGGCAAAGCAUUUAGACGUUCCAGAGUCCUGAAUAAAUAUAAGACAAUUCAUACUGGAGAUAAAACCCCCAAAUGUAAAGGAUGUGGCAAAGUCUUUAAGCGGUCCUUAUACCUUAAUCAACAUAAUAAAAUUUAUACUGGAGAGAAACUCUAGAAAUAAGAAGAAUGUGAAAAAGCCUUUGGAUGAUCCACAAACCUGAAUGAGCAUAAGAAAAUUUAUACUGGAAAUAAACUAUACAAAUGUGAAGAAUGUGGCAAAGCUUUUGGAUGGUCCACAACUCUGAAUGAAAAUAAGAGAAUUCGUACUGGAGAAAAACCCUACAAAUGUAAAGAAUGUGGGAAAGCCUUCAAACAGUCCACAUACCUGAGUCAACAUAAGAAAAUUCAUGCUGGAGAGCAACCCUACAAAUGUGAAGAAUGUGGCAAAGCUUUUAGAUGGUCCACAACCCUGAAUGAACAUAAGAAAAUUCAUAUGGGAGAUGAACCCUACAAAUGUAAAGAAUGUGGGAAAGCCUACAAACGGUCCUCACCCAUAAAUAAACAUGAGAAAAUUCAUAAUGGAGAGAACACCUACAAAUGUAAGGAAUCUGGCAAAGUCAUUACCUCAUCCUCAAACUCUGCUAAACGUAAGAGAAUUCAUACUGGUGAGAAACCCUAUAAAUGUUUAGAAUGUCAUAAAACCUUUAAUAGUUCCACAACCCUAAUUGAACAUAGGAGGAGUCAUACUGGAGAGAAACCCUACACAUGUGAAGAAUGUGGCAAAGCCUUUAGACAGUCCGGAAACCUUUAUGUACAUAGGAGAAUUCAUAGUGGAGAUAAACCAUACAAGUGUAAAGGACGUGGAAAAGCCUUUAAGCUGUACUCCAGCAUUCCUAAACAUAAGAGAACUCGUACUGGAGGAAUGUCUUACCAAUAUGAAGAAUGUGGCAGUCUUUAAAUGUUCCUCAAUCUUUUCUAAUCGUAAGAUAAUUCAUAAUGGAGAGAAACUCUACAAAUGUGAAAAAUAUGAGAAAGCUUUUAACCACACCUCAUUGUGUUCUAAACAUAAGAUAAAUGAUGUUGGUGAGAAGCCAUAUGAAAAUUUAAAAUGUGGCAAAGACUUCAAAUUCUUUUUUUUUUUUUUUUUUGAGUUGGAGUCUUGCUCUCUCCCCCAGGCUGGAGUGCAGUGGCGUGAUCUUGGCUCACUGCAAGCUCCGCCUCCCAGGUUCACUCCAUUCUCCUGCCUCAGCCUCCCGAGUAGCUGGGAUUACAGACGCACACCACCAGGCCUGGCCAAAUUUUGUAUUUUUAGUAGAGACAGGGUUUCAGCAUAUUGACCAGGCGGGUCUUGAGCUCCUGACCUGGUGAGCUACCCGCCUCAGUUUCCCAAAGUGCUGGGAUUCCAGGCGUGAGCCAUCGCACCUGGCCUUAAUUUUUUAAAUAAAAUUGUUAAUGUGUAGAAAUUAUUGUGCCUUGAAUGAUGUGUUAUGCCACCAAGUUUCACCUAUCCCACCUUACUCAAGGGUGUAGGUGAGAGAUGCUAACAAUGUACUAUCUGAUAACAUAGGUGAAUUACAUUUCUAGUCUAUUUUUCCAAUGGCUUUAAACAGCAAGUAAACUGAAUAUUGUUCCCAUGUUGCAUUUUUAUUCUUAUUUAAAUUUUAAAAAAGUUUUUGUGGGUACAUAAGUGUAUGUAUAUAUUUAUGGUAUAUAUGGGUUAUUUUGAUACAGGCAUACAAUAUGUAAUAAUGACAUCAGAGUAAAUGAGUUAUUCAUCGUCUUAAGCAUUUAUCUUUCUUUUCCUUUUUCUUUUUUUUUGAGACGGAGUUUCACUCUCGUUGCCCAGGCCAGAGUGCAAUGGUGCGAUCUUGGCUCACUGCAACCUCCACCUCCCAGGUUCAAACAAUUCUCCUAAAUCAGCCUCCUGAGUAGCUGGGAUCACAGGCAUGUGCCACCAUGCCUGGCUAAUUUUGUAUUUUUAGUAGAGAUGGGGUUUCUCCAGCAUUUAUCUUUUAUAUUACCUACAAUCUAAUUAUACACUUCAAUUAUUUUUAAAUGUACAAUUUUUUCUACUACAGGUCAUUUUAUUAUUGUAAUAAUUAUAUCAGAGUAUAAUUCAUACAUUCCUGAGUCCUGAAUGGUUUUCAAAAAUGUUUCAUAUUUAUCUUUGAACAUGCAUCAUGUUCUCCUGCAAACAUACAGACUUUUAGUUUUAAUUUAAUAUAUAAAUGUUGUGCUCUAAAGAUAAACCUUGGGUGUAAGAAAAUUAUGAAGCAAGCAACUGUGUUUGCAUGAGAGUUUGUACCUGUUUUCUGAAGAAAAUAGCAAUAUUGGAACAAAGAAGUUUCUAUUAACACUGUGGAUAAUUUACUGGAAAUCUAGAAAUCUAAAACAUUUUGAAUUAAAAUGUAUGUUUUCUUAUUUUUAUGUAAUUACUGUAAAAUCUAAUGGAUCAUUGUUGAGAAUCUCCCCGUAAAAAGUCUGCUUUUAUGUGGUGCUCAUGCCAGAGGUAUAAUUUUCUUGUUUCUCAUUCUUUUUUUUUUUUUUUUAACUCCAUAAAGUAUGCGAGCUGUUCAGAAAUUAUAAGAAUUUUUAAUAAAAUUUAGUGCACAGAAAAUACUUUUUAGAUGUAAUUUCACAAUGUGUAUAAAGUUAUAUUUUAUUGGAACAUUUAAUUUUCCUUAUACUUCUUUUUCUUUUUUUUUUUUUUUUUUUUUUUUUUUGAGACAGAGUCUCACUCUGUCGCCAGGCUGAAGUGCAGUGGCAUGAUCUUGGCUCAGUGCAACCUCCGCCUCUUGGGUUCAAGUGAUUCUCCUGCCCCAGCCUCCCAAGUAGCUGGGACUACAGGUGCAUACCACCAUACCCAGCUAAUUUUUAUAGUUUUAGUAGAGACAGGGUUUCACCAUGUUUGCCAGGAUGGUCUUGAUCUCUUGACCUCGUGAUCCACCUACCUCGGCCUCCAAAAGUGCUGGGAUUACAGGCAUCAGCCACUGCACCUGGCCUCUGUUUUUAUUUUCUAAUUGUCUUUAGUUUUCUGAUGUCUUCAUGUGUUUAUCCCCAGCUAUGUAUUCUUCACUGCUCUUCUUUGUGUUAUGGCUACAGUUUCCUCACUGUUCUCUUCAUGCCAUGUAAUUUCACUUGGAGUUUCUAGGCUCUGAAUGAGAAGUUUGGAAUUUUUAAUGUAGUAAAUUGUUUUUAACUGGCAUGUUUGAGAUUAUAGCUUAUCAACACAACAUUCAGAUCACUUAAUUGAGGUAAGAAUAAUUCACUGUCCACAUGUAAGAGGAUUAAGUGAGCAUUGUUUUUCUGUUUGUAAAAGAAAAAUUGUAUGAGAUUAGAACACAAAGUGUGUUAAAUGUAACAUACCUUAAUAUAUAUUAAAACAUAAAUUUAAGUGGGUUGCAUAUUGUAAGCACCAUAUGAAGAAACACAUCAGGAGUUUGAAAUCUCUUAAAUCUUCGAAAUAAAAUUUUUAAGACUUAAUGGUAGAUGAAGAAUUUUAUAUAAUUUUCUAUGACAGCAAAACUUAAUUUUUAUGCUGAAUCUUCUAUUUUUGACUGUAAAUGUUAAGUGUUAGAAAAAUAAUAGAAUGAUCUGUGUAGAUUCAAAAUCUGCAAUGAUCUUUUUUUGUUGAGAUUCAUAUUGCAAUCUUUGAGUUUGAGAUUUGUUUUGGUGGAUGCAGUUCAUGGGGUACAGUUUUUAUUUUUAGUCAUCUAACUUUAUCGAAGUUCUUGGUCACCUUCUCUGGAAAAAAUUCGGAGAUUAUGGCAGCUAUUUAAUUCAAACAUUCACUAAUUCCAUUAAUGUAAUUCAGUAUAUAUAAGGUCCUCAGGUAUUGUUUUCUUGAGAGAAACAAUUCAGCCCAGAGACAAUUAGUGAAGCAAGCAGAGAGUUCAUUAAAGGAAAAUAAAGAACACACUGAAGGAGGAGUGGAUUGGCCCAGCUGGAAACAGCCUUGAGAUUUACAUGUUGCAGUUUUUAUUAUCAUAGACUUAAAAAAAAUUCCCACUUCUGUCUUAAGUGUCUGCCUUUGUCUUUGUGGAGUUUUCUGCUUCCUGGUAAAUCUCUUCUUUUAUCCUCACCGAGUUUCUGCCCAUGUCUAUGAGAUGCUUCGUUACUGUCGGCUGAUGUACAUGUGUGAGUUCCAGUGAUCAGUGAGUUUUGAUGGCAGAACUGCUUGUUACCACUACCCUAGGAAAAUAAUAUAGCAGUCAAAUCUGUACUUACUAUGCCUGCAUAUCUCUUAGGAAGUUUCCUUUUGCCCUUUCCCCCUUUUUGUCAGCAUAUAGCUAGCUACAUUCUGACAGUUUAAUCACAGUAUGAGUAAUUAUUUGGUGUCUUAAGGGGUGUUUCUGGGUAUUCUUUCUUCAUAGGUAUUUCCUGUCCACCCUGCUCAAAUUUAGCAUACAUAUAUUGGGUUAUCUUUGGAGCAUGAGAUUUUUUCCCCCAGGGGCUGUUUUUUCCUGCUCAUGUCUAACUGCCUACUCUUAACAUUC